AUGUUACGAAAAUCGAUUUUAAAAGUAGCCAAUUUGGCUCAAAAAUUACCAAAAAGGCUUUUUAGCAGCAAUUCUUCGAUGUUAAAUGUUUCAAUUGAUGAAAAAACUGAAAUUGCAAUUUUAGAGUUGAAUCGUCCUCCCGUUAAUGCUCUCAAUUUAGAAUUUGCUCAUGAAAUUACAAACAAAAUUGAUGAAUUAACCAAAAAUCGUGCAAAUGGCGUCAUUUUCACCUCAUCUUCUGACAAAUCCUUCUGCGAGGGUCUCGAUUUCCACGAAUUUCACAAACCAGAUAUGAACCGAGCUGAAAAAGCUUAUCGUGCAUUCCAAGAGUUAUGGUACAAAAUUUACAGCUCUCCAUUGCUGACAGCAGCAGCAAUUAACGGGCAUUGUCCUGCUGGCGGUUGCGUUAUUUCGUUGGCUUGUGAUUACCGUGUGAUGCUUCCCAACUUCAAAAUUGGCUUGAGUGAGGCUCGUUUGGGGUUAAUUUGUCCCGAAUAUGUGCGAGGAACGAUGCGAAAAGUCAUGGAUCGACAAGAUGCGGAAGAAGCAAUUUCGAAAAGAACACUUUUUACGACUGAAGAUGCUCUGAAGGUCGGAUUAGUGAAUGAAAUUGCAAAUACAAAAGCAAGGGCGAUCGAAAAAUGCAAAGAAUUCAUGGUUCAAUUUGAAAAAUUUGAUAUUGAGACACGAGUUCGGAUGAAAUUACGCUUCAAACUUGACGAAAUUGAUGAAUUUCUUUUGAUGCAAGAAGAAGAUGUUCAAAAUUUCUUGAAAAAUAUUCAAAAAGAGAGUUUUCAAGAAGGGCUUGAUCGAUAUUUGCAAAAACUCAAGCAGAAAUCAAACGAAUAA